AUGGAGGAGACUGGACCUUACCCGGUGAAAGUGUACAUUUACGACCUGUCCAGAGGCAUGGCCCGCCAGCUGAGUCCACUCAUGCUGGGGAAACAGAUUGAUGGGAUAUGGCACACUGCAAUUGUGGUCCAUGGAAAGGAGUUCUUCUUUGUUGGAGAGGGCAUCAACAAUUGUGCACCUGGUAGCACCCCUUUAGGAGAACCUGACUCCGUAGUGGACCUGGGCUCCACUGAGGUGCCUGCAGAUGUCUUCAUGGACUAUCUGACUUCACUGGCAGAGUCUACAUACAGAGGUGACAAAUACAACUUGUUUGAACACAACUGCAACAGCUUCACCAGUGAGGUGGCUCAGUUCCUCACGGGCCAAAACAUCCCAUCGUACAUCACAGACCUCCCAUCUGAAGUACUGGCCACGCCUUUUGGCCAGGCUCUCCGUCCCUUACUGGAAUCCAUCGUCAUAAAUCCCGGGGGCAACAACAUAUCUGGAAAGCGAUAGACAGGGUUGUGCGUAUGAAAGAAAAUAUUUGUAUUCAAGGGUUUAGGUGAAAAUGGGACAUUGACAACCCGCUACCAGCCAGACCUAGAUAACAUUUGUGCCUGUGGAUGAUGCCUUGAUCCAUGCUAUCAGUCACUUUCAGCUAACCAGCCAUCAUUUUGAAGCUCUUCUACACAUUCUACCUGAUCUAUCUAAUGUUUUAAUGUACACCAACCUCUGUGACAAAUGAACUAAAAACAUCUGUACUCUGGAUAAAACAUAUUAGUUGCAGCUACUCUUGUGCUCAUUGAAAGAGCAGUGUGUAAGAUUUGGGGGGAUCUAUUGGCAGAAAUUGAAUAUAGUAUUCAUAAGUAUGUUUUAAACACUGUUACCAUAGAAUAAGCCCUUUAUAUCUACAAAGGCAGUGGGUCCUCUUCCACAGAACCUUGCCAUGUUGCACUGCCAUAUUUCUACA